AUUUAAACAUGCCAGGUAAGGUGGAGAACACCUUAAUCCUCAUAGCAGCAGGAGAAUUUUCACUGGGGAUCUUAGGGAAUGUGUUCAUUGGAUUGGUAAACUUUGUGGACUGGAUCAAGCAUAGGAAGAUCGCCUCCAUUGAUUUAAUUCUCACAAGUCUGGCCAUAUCCAGAAUUUCUCUAUUGUGUAUAAUACUAUUAGACUGUUUUAUACUGGUUCAGUAUCCAGACGUCUAUACUGCUGGUAAACAAAUGAGAAUCAUUGACUGCUUCUGGACACUAACCAACCAUUUAAGUGUCUGGUUUGCCACCUGCCUGAGCAUCUUCUAUUUCCUCAAGAUAGCUAAUUUCUUCCAUCCCCUUUUCCUCUGGAUGAAGCUGAGAAUUGACAAUGUGAUUCCUAAGAUCCUGCUGGGGUGCUUGGCCCUCUCUGUGUUUUUUAGCCUUCCUGUCUCUGGGAAUUGGAAUGAUGAUUUCAGGUUUUGUGUCAAGGCAAAGUUGAAAACAAACUUAACUUUGAGAUGCAAAAUAAAUAAAGCACAAUAUGCUUCCACCAAGAUAUAUCUCAACCUGCUAACACUAGUCCCCUUUUCUGUGUCCCUGAUCUCGUUUCUCCUCUUGAUUCUCUCCCUGUGGAGACACACCCGACGAAUGCAGCUCAAUGCCACAGGGUCCAGAGACCCCAGCAUAGAAGCCCACGUGGGAGCCAUGAAGGCGGUCAUCUCCUUCCUCCUCCUUUUCAUUGCCUACUACUUGGCCUAUCUUGUAGCCACCUCCAGCUACUUUCUACCGGAGACUGAAUUAGCUGUGAUGGUUGGUGAGGUGACAGCUCUAAUCUGUCCCUCAAGCCAUUCACUUAUCCUAAUUCUGGAGAACAGUAAAUUAAGAAAAGCAUUUCUAAGGGUUCUAUGGAAAGUAAAGUAUGUCCCAACAAGGAGUUGCUAA